CACGAACACACGCCGCUCCCCACCCUCGACGCCCGCUUCACCUGUCGCUUCACUUGCACAUUACCCUAACCUACACCCUAAUCCAACGCUGACUUCGGGUUUCCCAACAGAAGCGUCGCGCAUACCCAACCUUGGAUCCAAACCCUGCUGGAGAUUUGUCCCUUCAUCUUUUCAAACCAAGACCCGCAGCAUUGCCACCAAGGAAUUAGCAGGACUCGCUUUUCACAUACCCGGCUCUGGUAAAGGGUUCUCGACACACCUGGGCCGCCGACUGCGAUGGGUACACCCCGGGACUACUACGCAGACCUCGAGCUGCCUGCGUCGGCAGAUGGGGACGAUAUCAAGAAACAGUUCCGGAAGCUUGCCUUGAAAUACCACCCGGAUCGAAACCCUGGUCGAGAGCAAGAAGUGAACACGAAAUUCCAGAUCAUUCAGUCAGCACAUGAGAUUCUUUCAGAUCCUGAGCAGAAGUCAAAGUACGAUGCGACCAGAACUCGAUCCAGAUACCCUACUGCCUCGGGCGUAAGGGGCAACCCUUGGUCGAGUGCCGGCGAUGCGUUCCCGCCGCCUCCUCGCCGUAACCAGCCGAAUCGGAACCAGCCAAAUCGGCCCGCACCCUCUGGAGCUCAAAGAUGGCAAAACCGUUUUUCCCAAGGCGUCCCCCCAACCGCAAAGCAGUACACAAGUGCUGAUCAGGAAGCCAAGAAGAAUGCGGCCAAGGCAUUUGAGAACAUGCGCAAGCCAUCACAGGCGAACCCGAAGCCGGCCGAGCAGCCUCGACCAACUCCCCCACCCCCUCCACCGCGAACUGAGUCCGCAAGACAACGCGCCCAGGCUUCCUUCGGAUCUAGAAGGGCAGGCUACCACCCUCGGUCAGCUACGCAUGGUGACGAGCCUCCUGUGGCCAGCAGUAACUACAAUUCGCGACCAGACCCUGAGCGCUUCGCCCAAUUCGCCCAAGAUGGCCCUAAUUCAGGACGACCUGGCCCAGUACCAAUGCCGGAUCCCUUGAGUCAGUUCAGAGACCGAGACAGUUCCGCGGAUACCCGACAAAGCACGCCAUAUUCUAAGCACGGCGGCGAAAAGACAAACCCCUUUGAUGGUGUGCCCUUAGGUCGAACAAACAGUAGUCGAGAGAGCCGCCGACAUGAUACCUCCUCUCCAGAUAUUGAAACGCCCACCGGACAGCGCAGCUUCGCCGAUAGGCCGAAAGGGUCAAAUGGAGAAGAACCGACAUCAUGGGACCUCCCAAGUAUGGGAAAAGAGCAUUCGAACAUUCCCGUAGAUGUGGACGCUCGCCGCAAAGCGCCCCUCAAGAAAACUCGCGCCGGUCAAAAGUCUUCGUCCACCACAGCACCCCCAAAUGGCUCUACCGCCCAGCCGCCUAAUGCCCCCACGACUGAGACCCCAUCCAAACCCCAGAGCAACACUCCUGGAGGCCCGACUAUCUUCAGUUUCCCCGUAAACGACGACACUUUUGCACAAACUUCUCCCGAACACCACACCUUCUCACGAAGCACCACUGAUGAUAUCAACACGAGUUUUGUAGACGACCAGGACGCAGAUUCUUGGCAAUUUAGCGCUGGUGGUUCUGAGCAGGGUAGCCCCACGAAGCCACAUUCCCAGUCAGGGAACCGCACCGGCCGCCGCUCACCGACCAAACGCCCUACGAUUAACCGUAAUGAUACUUCAAGCGUCCCUUCCGAGUCUGGGACUCCGGAGCCAGGCUUUAACCCUGACGGCUGGAGCAACGAGUUCGGCCCGCAUACCUUCGUCCCGCAGCCAUCCCCAGUCAAAGCAGCGUCACCAACCCGAUCCAUGCGAGGCAAUCCGAGGAAGGCGAAACCUACCAAGGUGCCAGGGAUCUCAACUGUACCUGAUGAUAGCAGCAGCGAAGAGGAGGAGCUCCCGUGGCGGGGGCGUCAACCUAAGGGGGGACCUGUUGCGGCAGACAGCCCUCAGGCUAUGGAUAUUGAUAGCCCUCCCGCCGGCUCGGCAGUACCAGAAUCAGCGGCGGCUGUACCACCACCACCGCCAUCCUUCAACUCGACUCAACCACCAACUGGCGCAAGAAAUAUCAAUGUGGAGCCCUCAAGGCCAGAGUGGCGACCUGGAAACGUUGAGGGCGUGAACGGUGAAGCGAAGCUCGCGGAAAGCCCGAAGAAGGAAUUCAACCCAAAUGCAGUGGGAUCAGAAGACAGCGAGGAAUUCCGGGCGAGCCUUGCUGAUCUGAAGAAUGUCGCACCAUUUACUCACCAGGACUCUGGCUUGCGGUCUUUUACCGAGUUGAAGGACAACUUGCCCUUUGAAAGCAAGGCCUCGGCCAGCAUUCCUAUCAAGCCUUACAAACCGCAGAGUCUUGUUUUCCCGACACCUCCUAUCGCUCCCAUGCUCCCACCAUCUGUUGCCAUCAACGGGAUGAAACCGAACGUUGCGUCUUGGGAUAAAUACGUCAAAGAAUUCGAGAUCUAUUUGCAAGAAUGGGAUAGGUUCAAUGCUAGUGUCGUGGAUCAUUUCAGUACUAGGAAGCUCAACAUUGCGAACAAGCGGAAGUCACUGGGCUACUCAUUCUUGGAAGCUCGUGAUGACGCCGAGAUUCAAGAAUAUUUCAACUGGUUACAGCAGGACAGCGAUGUACGAAAAAGAUGGCUUGCAUCAUGUGACGAGCACGAGCAGCGAUUCCGCGAGUUUAUGGCGUUCAGAAUGAAGAUGAAGCAACUAGCUCCUUCGCCUUAGGAGUUGGCAGGUUUUGGGAUGAGAUGUUGACAUGUGGCAUCAUGCAUUGCUUCGAUAUGGGGGGGUUGCUAUGGGGAGAUGACUUCGCGCCAGUCAACGGAUGCAACGCGAGUGUUUCAACGAUGCGCCAGCAGUCAUUUGUAAGAUUUCUGCGAGAUUUGACGAGACCACGACCACCAUCAACGUUUAGGAUUUGGGUUGGAGGACAUGAUGCAAGCAUAUGGGGCGUGAGGCGUGAUGGACAUUCGGCCUGAUUAUGGUUUCUGGUAUUGGCAGCAUCUU